AAAGAGAGCGAGAGGGAAAGAGGGAAAGAGAGCGAGAUCCCACACUCUAAAGGAACGGGGGAGGUGCAUGAGCAUGUGAGUGCAUCGACACACGCAGGAACAGAGAGAGAGAAACGGAAACAGAGAGAGGAAGAGAAACAGCCAGGGACAAUGCCAGAGAGAACCUCUCGCUGCUCCGUAAGACCCUGUUGAUAAAGGUGCGUUGUUACCAAAAACGUGAGCCCAUCUGCCUCCCCAAGACCACCUGCACUGGGAGACCACCUGCCACAGACCACCCUGGGGACAACUGAUGCCAGAGAAGAGACGGAGAGAAUCGUGCCUUUUGGUUGUAGCAGCAUUCCAGUAAAGAACCUCGUCAACCAACAGACACAUCUCGGUUCUCUUUAAGGAAAGACAGGAUGAGAAGAGACUGACAUCCUCUCCUUUUAUCACUCCCAGCUGCGAUGGAUCCCCCUAUGCAUUACGCCGAGCCCACAGACUUGAACCUGGGAGAGGUGGAUGUGCGGAGAGAGAACAAGAGAGAAAUGAAGAGAUGACUGCUGCAUAUGACCGGCAUUCCUAUCGUUUGUGUGUUGGGGCCAACAUUGCAAUCUGCUGCAGGUGCCUCCUGCCUCCUCCCUCUGCUCUUCCUUGUUCUGCUCUGAGGGAAUGGCUCUGCUGGUCUGAGUAGAGAUAGAGGUGCUGGCCUUUUCCCUUUCUACGGUUUGUAGGCUGCUGCUCUGCUGUUUCUAGAGUGCUGCUGCCCACUGCCUUUCCCUGAGCCUCAGAUCCCAGUGUGGGCAGCCACUGUGUGUGUUGUUCACAAUACUUCUUCUGCCUUUUCUCCAUCUCGGGCAGUCCAAGUGGAGCAUCUAUUACAGAGAGAAAGAGAGAGAGCGCACAGUCUAGCCUUGAAGCUGUGUAGAUGCUUGGAAGCUCACUGCCCACUGUGCUCGACUGGAGUUGGACUCACUCAUCAAUACUGCUCUCAAAAAACAACAACCUUGAAAGCAGAAAGCACCUUGUUCUUCAGACUGUUUGUUCUGAGGGGGUUAGAAGCCAAGUAUGUAUGUGAGAGUGUGAGAGUAUUGUGUGCGUUUACAGUCUCUUUCUAAUUAAGCUGGUAGACUGCAGUGAGACGGACGAUCAGCCUGGGCGCCCCUUUCUCUCCCUCUUCCCAUUAGGCCCCAUUGUGAUCAUUAAUGUCUGAUGCAAACUGCCCAUGAAUUAUGGAGUAGUGAAGUCUCCAUAGAAGUAGUGACUGUGGGGAACAGAUAGACGGACAGAAGGACGGUCAGAGAAAGAGUGAAAUAGAGAAGAGGGUAACAGAUAGUUAGAUAGUAAGCUCCAACUGAACAUGUUCUCUCUACUGAGCACAGACUCGGUGGAGGUGUGAGAGAGAGAGAGAGAGGGAGUUGUGUGCCUGUCGUUGAGCAGAUGAAUGAGAGAGGAGCUUAGAGACAACACGUGAUUCACAGAAAGAGAACUAGAGGGAAGGACGAGAGAAGCAAGCUCGCAUACCACUAUCAACCUAGUUACAUCGGCGCUGCACCGACAGGCAACGAUGUAGCGUAGCCUCAUUGAGAAGAACGGAGAACAACCACUGCUGCUGAGCCUUUCAUUUUCCGGGGGAAUCUUUUGGAAGUCACCCUACAGUGUUUAUCAGGGAGGGACACCAUCUAACCAAUACUAGAAAUCAAACGGGGGACUGUUUAGCGUGUUGCACUGACCAGCAGAAGCCUCAAGACUGCCGAGGCAUGAGGCAAGCAGACCGUCUGAAAGAGAGGAGAGGUAUUUCUUCCCUCUAUGGACGGUGACACAUCUAGUUCCCAGAGUAAGGUCCGAAUGAAUCCUGCUGGACCAGAGGAGCGAGGGAAGGAACUAUGAGCUAAGUCACCCUCGGUGAUCGACCCCUGAAAGGUGCCUGCUCACCACUACCCAUCCUGGCGCAGAGGACCAUCUCUCGAUCUGUACCCCAACCCCAGAAGUAAAGGGUGUUUCUGUACCCCUAAAGGAGGGGUGAAACUGUCUGGAUAGAGACUCGACUGUUUGACUCUACAGCAGCAGGAACAUGGAUGACUCCAGCAUUCUGAGACGCAGGGGUCUACAGAAGGAGCUCAGUCUUCCGAGGAGGGGGAGUUUCUGUCGGACCAGCAAUAGGAAGAGCCUGAUUGUGACAUCCAGCACCUCUCCUACACUACCCAGACCACACUCACCACUACAUGGACACCCAGGGAGCAGCCCUCUGGACAGCCCCAGAAACUUCUCCCCCAACACGGCAGCACACUUCUCCUUCGUUCCAGCUCGCAGGACGGAUGGCAGGCGCUGGUCUCUGGCAUCACUGCCCUCCUCUGGAUAUGGCACCAACACACCCAGCUCCACUGUCUCGUCAUCCUGUUCAUCCCAGGAGAAGCUGCACCAGCUGCCCUUCCAGCCCACGGCGGACGAGCUGCACUUCCUCACCAAGCACUUCAGCUCCGAGAGCAUCACCGACGAGGAGGGACGACACUCGCCCAUGCGCCCCCGCUCACGCAGCCUCAGCCCUGGUCGCUCACCCAUUUCCUUUGACCAUGAGAUCGUCAUGAUGAACCAUGUCUACAAGGAGCGCUUUCCCAAGGCCACGGCUCAGAUGGAGGACCGUCUGGCUGACUUCCUAUCGUCCUCGGCUCCUGACAAGGUGAUGCCCCUGGCCGACGGGGUCCUCAGCUUCAUCCACCACCAGGUCAUAGAGCUGUCCAGAGACUGCCUGGAUAAAAGCCGCGAGGGUUGCAUCACCUCACACUACUUUUACGAGCUGCAGGAGAACCUGGAGAAACUGCUACAAGACGCUCACGAGCGCUCUGAGAGUGUGGAAGUCACAUUUGUGACCCAGCUGGUGAGGAAGCUGAUGAUCGUCAUCGCUCGGCCGGCACGCCUGCUGGAAUGUCUGGAGUUUGACCCGGAGGAGUUCUACCACCUGUUGGAGGCAGCAGAGGGCCAUGCCAAGGAGGGCCAGGGCAUCAAGUCAGACAUCCCCCGCUACAUCAUCAGCCAGCUGGGUCUCACCAGAGAUCCCCUGGAGGAGAUGGCCCAGCUGAGCAGCUACGACAGUGGGAACCCAGACACGCCAGAGACAGACGACUCUGUGGAUAGUCGAGGGGCCACGGUACCUGUUGUAGCUCCCCCUAAAACCAAGGCCCCACGGGAGGAGGACUUUGAGAACAUCAAGCUCAUUAGCAACGGGGCUUAUGGUGCUGUGUUUCUGGUGCGUCACAAGGAGACGCGUCAGCGUUUUGCCAUGAAGAAGAUCAACAAGCAGAACCUCAUCCUGAGGAACCAGAUCCAGCAGGCCUUCGUAGAGAGAGACAUCCUGACCUUUGCUGAGAACCCCUUCGUGGUCUCCAUGUUCUGCUCCUUCGAGACACGCAGACACCUCUGUAUGGUCAUGGAGUAUGUGGAGGGUGGUGACUGUGCCACCCUGCUGAAGAACAUUGGGGCUCUGCCUGUGGACAUGGCACGCAUGUACUUCGCUGAGACCGUGCUGGCACUGGAGUACCUCCACAACUAUGGAAUCGUACACAGAGACCUCAAACCGGACAAUCUUCUGAUCACUUCGAUGGGCCACAUCAAGCUGACAGACUUUGGCCUGUCUAAGAUCGGACUGAUGAGCCUCACCACCAACCUGUAUGAAGGACACAUAGAGAAGGAUACCAGGGAGUUCCUGGAUAAACAGGUGUGUGGUACACCAGAGUACAUAGCCCCAGAGGUGAUCCUGAGACAGGGCUAUGGGAAGCCAGUAGACUGGUGGGCCAUGGGGGUCAUCCUCUAUGAGUUCCUGGUGGGCUGUGCCCCUUUCUUUGGAGACACGCCAGAGGAGCUCUUUGGACAGGUCAUCAGUGAUGAGAUCAUAUGGCCAGAGGAGGAGGAGGCUCUUCCUAACGAUGCCCAGGACCUCAUCUGUAAACUCCUCAGACAGAACCCUCUGGAGAGGCUGGGUACAGGCAGUGCAUUCGAGGUGAAGCAACACCGGUUCUUCUAUGACCUGGACUGGAACAGUCUGCUGAGACAGAAGGCAGAGUUCAUCCCUCAGCUGGAGUCAGAGGAAGACACCAGCUACUUUGACACCCGUUCAGACAGGUACCACCACAUGGACUCUGAAGAUGAGGACGACACUAACGAUGACGAUCACGUAGAGAUGCGCCAGUUCUCCUCCUGCUCGCCCCGCUUCAGCAAGGUGUACAGCAGUAUGGAGCGUCUCUCCCUUCAUGAGGAGAAGCGGGCCCCCCCACCCACCAAGCGCAGCCUCAGUGAGGAGGGAGGAGAGCGCAUUGACAGCCUCAGUGGGCUCAAGUCCAGGGACCGCUCCUGGCUGGUGGGGUCACCUGAGAUCCUGCGUAAGCGUCUGUCCGUCUCGGAGUCGUCCCACACUGAGAGUGACUCCAGCCCUCCUCUGGCUGUGCGUAGACGCUGCUGCUCCGCCAUCAUCGAGAUGCCACGCUUCGCCAUCUCCUCGGAGGAGGAAGGAGGGGUGGCCCCCAGUCGUAAGAGCCCCAGCCUGCUCAGCCAGACCCCCGGGGGAGUCAGGGGACCCCGCAGUGAGGAGCUGCCCCUCUCCAUCCCAGAGCUCCCAAUAGAGAGAGAGCUGAAACUGGUCGAGUCCCCCACCACACCUGGGUCCAUCACCAGCCAGCUCAGUAGAGCGACACUCACACCAGGUAGUUCAGGAGAUGUGUGGGAGCGUGGUACAGUGUCGGGAGCAGACAGCUCUACCUCUACCCCUAAGGCCAUCAGUGACCUGGCAGUUCGGAGGGCCCGCCACAGACUGUUGUCUGGAGACACGGACAAACACACCCAGUCCAGACCCCUCAACAAGGUCAUCAAGUCUGCCUCCGCAACUACGCUCUCACUCAUGAUCCCUCCAGACCACCAUGGAGCCUCCCCAUUGGCCAGCCCCAUGUCACCCCACUCCCUCUCCUCCAAUCCCUCAUCCAGAGACUCCUCCCCGAGUAGAGACCUUUCGCCGGCCGUAGUCAACAUCAAACCCCCCAUCAUCAUCCACCGGGCGGGCAAGAAGUACGGCUUCACCCUCCGGGCCAUCAGGGUGUACAUGGGAGACACAGAUAUCUACACCGUACAUCACAUAGUCUGGCAUGUGGAGGAGGGUGGUCCAGCCCAUGAUGCAGGGCUGAGAGAAGGAGACCUCAUCACUCAUGUGAACGGGGAGGCUGUCCACGGCCUGGUCCACACUGAGGUGGUAGAGCUCAUCCUCAAGAGCGGUGGUAAGGUGUCCGUCUCAGCCACGCCCUUUGAGAACACCUCCAUCAAGGUAGGCCCCGCCCGCAAGACCAGCUCCAAAUCCAAGAUGGCGCGUCGCAACAAAAAGACCAAGACCAAAGAUGGAGGCCAGGAAAGCAGUGGCAAGAAGAGGAACUCUCUGUUCAGGAAGAUCACCAAGCAGGCGUCUCUGCUCCACACCAGCCGUAGUCUAUCCUCUCUCAACCGCUCCCUGUCUUCUGGAGAGAGUGGACCAGGGUCCCCCACACACAACCUGUCCCCCAGGUCACCUACACCUGGCUACCGCUCCACGCCUGACUCUGCACACUCUGUAGGGGGAAACUCUUCUCAGAGCAGCUCUCCCAGCUCCAGUGUUCCAAACUCCCCAGCCAGCUCCGGUCACAUCCGGCCCAGCUCCCUCCAUGGCCUCGCCCCCAAGCUCCAGCGCCAGUACCGUUCCCCUCGACGCAAGUCAGCCGGCAACAUCCCCCUCCCCCUGGCCCGCACCCCCUCCCCCACCCUGCAGAGCACCUCCCCCCAACGUUCUCCCUCCCCCCUGCCCAGCCAUGCUGUGGGCUCCUCCUCUAUGGGCCAGUCUUUCCCCGUGAAACUCCACUCCUCCCCUCCUCUGGUCAGGCAUAUCUCCAGGCCCAAGAGCACUGAACCCCCCCGCUCCCCACUCCUCAAACGAGUACAAUCCACCGAGAAGCUCGCCUCCUCCCUCUCCUCCUCCUCCUCCUCCUCCUCUCCCUCUGCGUCGGGGUCCGGAGGUGACAAGAAGCUGCCUCUAGCGGUGACAGGACGUAAACACAGCCUGGACAUCUCCCACCAGGAGUUUAAGAAGGAGAUGCUUCAGAGAGACCCCAGUCUGCAGAUCCUGCAGGAGUCCGCUGGGGAGAGAGAGGGGGUGCUGGGGGUGGGGACAGGGGUGGGGGGUCGCGGGGGCCCCGUGGAGAAGGGCAGCCUGCAGAAACACUCCUCCUCCAGCAGGAAGCUGGGGCGUCAGGAGGGGGACGUCGGACCGACAGCCGGGUCCCUGGGGCUGGCCCCCGGGAAGAGCAAGCUGAAGGACAAGCUGUCAGCCAUUAGACAGGACCGGGCUGAGAGGAGGGAGUCACUGCAGAAGCAGGAUGCUAUCCACGAGGUGGACUCUUCAGAGGACGAGACAGACGAGGGGUCGGAGGACAGCCAGGACGGGAGGGGCAGGAACACCUGUACUUUCACCCCCCCGCUGCUCCGCCCCACCUCCGUCAUGGCCACCGCCACCCGCACGGGACCCGGGGGCACCCUCCCCUCCAUGUGUCUGUCCCCCUCCUCCACCCUGCUGCCCAGCAGAGCCACCAUACCCUCCACAAUCCCCGAACACAAGCCCACUCAAGGUGCUCCUUCGCUGGGAGGGAAAGACAGCGGCUCAGCCUCCUCAGAUGACUGUGGGAGGAGAGAGGGGAAGGCUCCAGACACCAGCUCCAAGUUCACCCAGAGCCCCCUGUCCAGCACCUUCGCCACACCCGGCAGUGCUUUCAUCUCCAUCAGUAAGGACACCUUCCUGAAGCCUGCUGCUCCAUCUUCACAUCAGGAAUGGAGGAGCCCCAAACUACCUGAGCCCAGAGGGAAGAGCAGUAGUCCUGGGUUAUGGAGUGAGGAGAGAGACUCUGGCCUGGAGGCCCCCAGAUCCAGCCCCACUGGAUCCAUAGAUGGCAGAUACAUAGCCCACACACCCAUCUCUUCCCCAGGCAUCACCAAGGAGAAAAAGGAGGCCGACAACCGGAGGCAGGCUGCUGCUGCCGCCGCCGCUGCGGCCUACGCCACCCCAGCCUACCCCACCCCAUCCUACGCCAUUCCCAGCCCCCCAGCCCAAGUGUCAGGGUCAGAGAGUGGGGUGGAUAAGGUUGUGUCCCAGCUAGCCACUGUGGCUAAGAGCUUCCUGGGCCCCGUCAAACUCACUAUCCCUGGGGCCAAGGAGGCUUUUGAGAGGGCCAAAGACCAGAACCAGAAACCCUCUCACCCCAAGACCACACCUGACUCACCCCUUACCACCACCACACCCCUCUCCCCCUCCCCCUUUAGACACCAAGCCCCUCAGCCACCGCCCCGCCUGUCCUCCCAGUCUCCCUCCCGGCAGCCCUCUUACAAAACUGAGCCAGCCCCCCCUCCCCCUCCACAGAGGAGGGCCUCCCCUCCUAAAGACUGUGCCCCGGGACCCCAGGACCACCCAGAGAGGACAUUGAUGGGGUUACGAGGCAGUAGGGAGACUCCAGCCAUUACAGCUGUUACUGCACCAAGGCAGGGGCCCACCAACACACCCACCCAGACCACUACUGCAGCCUCGGAGCAGUGCAAGAGGCCAGACCCAGCUGCCCCACGGAGACCCAACCCUGCCUCCGCAGCCUCCACCCCACAGGACAAAACCAGCAGCAAGAAGACGUAGCAGAAAACAAGACUCAAGAAACACCCAUGACGAUACAGACUGCUGUCACGAGAUUUUAAUCUUAAAUCCACAAACAACUGCAUGAGAAUAAUAAUUUAUUCAAAACAUUUUGCAACACGCAAAUCAUUAUGAGGGAGAGCAAGAGCGAGAAAGAGAGAGAGAGAGAGAGAGAGAGAGAGAGAGAGAGAGAGAGAGAGAGAGAGAGAGAGAGAGAGAGAGAGAGAGAGAGAGAGAGAGAGAGAGAGAGAGAGAGAGAGAGAGAGAGAGAGAGAGAGAGAGAGAGAGAGAGUGAGAUUGGGGAUAGAUCUUUGCCCUGACUGUGUCCCAGAGGCAUCCAGGCUCGCUGUGCCUCUCUUGUUCUUCUUCUUCUGUGUUUUAUCAUUCAUGGAUUAAUGUUCCUGUGAAGUCAGUCUGUGUUUGUUUCUCCCCGCAAAGAAACACGGGGGGGGCUAGAAAUAAACCGUGUUAGUUCACUGAUCCACAGGGAAGGAUUAACAAACGCCUGCACUAAUGGGUUUUUCUAGUAUACUGCCUCGUUACCUUUCCCCUUGUAGUUCCAGUAGUCCGACGUGCGUUCUUAGCUAGCCAAUAGAUCAGGUCGUGCCUUAUAAACAAAAUGGCACCCCACCCCACCACCCUGCCUGCGUGUGUCUCCAGUCGUCCGUGACUGGAAAGGGUGUAUCUCAGCAAUAAAAGUAGCGUGUGCUUCGCAAUCACUAUAAAAUACAUUACAGUCUGUUAAUGAAACCAUCUGCAUUGCUCACGUUUACACACUCAGCAGUUUACAAAAAGGCAAAUUACAUUGUGUAUUAUUAUUAUUACUCCCUCAUGGUCUAACGCUGCACUCUGUCUCUCUAACAAUAUAAUACUGCGGGCUGGCUAGAGAACCCUCUCAUCCCUGUAUAACACACUAUUUUAAUGAAGCGGCUGUCAAUGUCUACUAAAGCGGUGUUUUUAAUAAUAAUAAUAAUAAUUUUGUGUUGUAUAUCAUAGCGCUCCACGGUAAACUCCUUCCCCAUGCGCUCCACUGGCCCUUCCAUGACUAUAGCUGGACCCGCCAAGUGUACACGAAUAGAGCUCUAUGUGGGUGUGAGCAUGUGUCGUGGUAGCUAGGAUACCUAGCCUAGCCAUUCACCUUGUAGCUGCAUGAUAGCCUCGCCAAAUCUACACCCCCCCGACUCAAGGGACAUGUUUUUUAAAUGAUAAAGGAAAAGUAGGAUGUUCAUAUCACAGCCUUUACAUAGGAUGGACUACAGGUGAGGUGGGGAGGUUCCGGUGAUCCGGUCACAGGCUGCCCUGGGGACAACUGGUCGAUCUGGUCACAGACUGCCCUGGGGACAACUGGUCGAUCUGGUCCCUGGUCUGAUUUGAUCGCAUCUUGUUUGGUCAACCACACAGACCGACGCAGUGAUGAGAUCAGAGUCAAGUGGUUAAAGAUGAGGUACCGUCGGAUCUAGUAAAAGAGAUUUGGGUUUGUGUACCAGGCAGAAGCUCGAUCACCCAGACUCCUCGGUAACCGAGGCAAGGAAGUCAGCUCACAGGUCUGUUUACGGGCCAGUCAGAAGUACUACAGUAGGCAGCCACCUAUAAACUGUAUUAUGACAACCAGUGGUUUUCCACAUCCAAAUGGACCAUUAUCUUUAUUUCUAGCCCUCUGUUUUUAUCAGCCACUAAAGGUGUUGAUUUGACUUUGUAUCUGGACCAACUCGCUGUGUUCUCCUCUGUGUUACGCCUCUUAUCCUGUAAAGCUAGCAGACUUUACUUUCUAUAUGCGUGCAAGAGUAUGUAUUGUCGUCUGGCUGUCAGAUGUAUAUAUACAAAUAUUUAAAGGUCUGUUUUUGUGUGUGUUUUAGUUAGGGUAGACUUUGUUAGUUACACCUGUUAGCACUGCCUGUCCCUGAUAGGCCUGAUGCUCGACUGAUGUCUCAGUUGGCCUAUAGGGUCGGGACGGGCCUGUAGGAGCGUGGGCUUUGCACAACCCUUUUUAUCUCUGUCAAAUGGAAACGUCAACUAAAUAAAAAAGGGCCAACCAGAUCCCUGGCUUUUAGGUCAGCCACGACAAUGUCGACCAAUCAGUGAGCUGAACACCCCUAUGAUCGUGUGUGCCACUGCUCUGUGUGUGAGUGUUUGUGAGUGUGUCUGUUAGUGUGCAAAGAGGGGAUGCUUUCACGGUGCAAGACCAUGGCCAUGUGACUACCUACAUCGUACAUCUAAAUGAUUUUUGGUGUGCGAGGUCAAAUCUCCCUCUGUAUGCGUGUCGGUCCACAGUGUGUCCUGCAAAGUUUACGUUGCUGUUGGAGAUGUUGCAGAGAGCGGCUCUGGGAUGACUGAGGGUGAGACAGGACUAUAUCUGUCCAGGACUAUCUGUACAACCCCGUUGACUGACCUUCCGAUCUGUGUAAUAUGUUUACAUGUUGUUCUUCUAUCUUUCUCAUCCGGAGUCCUCCGUUCCACUUGCAAUCCACCCCUGUAACAGAGUGAUCAUUAUCAAUGCCGACAGCCUUUCCACAUGCUAAAGUUACCCCGGAUUAUACCAGGGUGACGAGCUUGUCGUGGUCUUUACAUGCACAUUGUAAUGUAAACCUAACCACUGAUGUAUCACAGACAAUGUUAAUGUGGAGGAACAGCACGUCAUGUUUAAAGGUUGGGCCCUGGUCAAAAGUAGUGCACUAUAAGGGAAAUGGGGUGCCAUUUUGGCAACGUCCUAAAUCACCUGCAGUGCAAAUAGUUGUCUCCUCUCGUGCCGAAGGAUCGAGGUGAGAUAGGUAGAUUAGUUGGUGAGGUAUAGGCCUCACAGAGAGCUACCUGCUGUCAUUUGUCACAGGGACAUAUCGGCCAAGCUUAGCGCUACGAUUUAACCACUUGCAUAUCACCCAGGCAUCCUCCCAUCUGGUAGGCUCUGCAGGUGGUCCUGUCGUUAUUGCUACAUGGACAGCUGCUAUUCUCUCUGAUCAAUAUGAGUGCCAUCCUCCACCGCCCGGCGCCAGCCUCACCAUCCCCUGACAGCAAACACUUAAUGUUGUAUCACUCACACACACACACACACACACUCUCUCUCUCUCUCUCUCUCUCUCUCACACACACACACACACACACAGUCCCAUGUGUGAUGAUGAUCGUCCGGCCAUCUGUCUGAAAGUCAAGUCAAGUGUCAGUUUCCCUGGUGGAGUCAUUAAUCUCUAGCCCGGGGAUGUGUGCUGCCCCAUGCUCCUAGCACACACACACACACACACAGCAAAUUCAGCCAAACAAAACACUGCCUACGCCUAGCCUGGGACCGUCGCCUCCAAUUUUCAACUAGGCCUCCCCCAGAGCCCGAAGCCACGGUAACCACCGGCCAUAGGGGCACUCCCUCUCUCUGUUAACCCUGUGCGUAACCUCCACCCUGGACCUCCCAGUGUUUUGACCUCACUAGAUCUCUAAAAGACAGAGAUCCAUCCAGGAUGUGUUUUUACUGUAUCCGCAGUGUGCAGAGUGAGGCAAAGCCCAUAGCUGUCCACCGUCAGUGUGUAGAGACCAAUGCCACUCAACUGAACUGAAGGUAGAAAAUACAAUUGACUCUAUACUACGGACUGGACUUCUGGGGGGGUUUUCUCGGCCAGUAUUUUAAUGGCCGUGUGUAAUCAUUUGUGUGUCCAGUGUGUUCGAAGCGGAAAAGUGUGAAGGAGAGGAGUGAGGAUCUGCCUGAGAAGGGUUAAAAAAAUAAAGAUUGCUAGAGUAAAGCCAGUGCAAUAUCUUUUUAUGUUCCGUUGUGGUAACCGCAUGCUGUUGUUAAUCCUACCUUAUCUUAAUAAUAAAGUUUUUUUUAUGUAA